AUGACCGACGUAUUCCACGACACCAUCUCCGGCGACCGCGGCCUCCAUAUCGAAGAGCCGCUGAUUUUCGAGCAGGACAGCCCGGGCGCGCUCGGCGUUGACUGGCCGCAGGUCGAGGCGAGGCCGGACCGGCUGGGCGGCCUCGCCCGCGAGGGCGCCAUCGGCCUGCCGAGCUUGGCGGAGCCGACCGUCGUGCGCCAUUACACCCGGCUGUCGCAGAAGAACUACGGUAUCGACACCGGACUCUUCCCGCUCGGCUCUUGCACCAUGAAGCACAAUCCGCGUCUGAAUGAGCGGCUGGCGCGGCUGCCCGGUUUCGCGGAUAUCCAUCCGCUGCAGCCGGAAUCCAGCGUGCAGGGAGCGCUCCGGCUUUGCCGCGAGUUGCAACGCUGGCUGAUGGCGUUGACCGGCAUGCCCUGUGUCGCGCUCACCCCCGGCGCGGGCGCGCACGGCGAACUUUGCGGCAUGAUGGCCAUCCGCACCGCUCUGGAUGCGCGGGGGGAGGAGAGCGCGGCGCGGCGCCGCGUGCUGGUGCCCGAUUCAGCCCACGGCACCAACCCCGCUACCGCCGCCGCGCUGGGCUUCCAGGUCGUUUCGAUCCCGGAAGACGCACGCGGCCGGGUUGAUCUUGCCCGCUUCGAGGCGCUGCUGGAGGGCGGCAUCGCCGCGGUCAUGCUCACCAAUCCCAACACCUGCGGCGUGUUCGAGAACGACAUCCGCCGCAUCGCCGACGCCGUGCAUGAGGCCGGCGGCUAUUUCUAUUGUGACGGCGCGAACUUCAACGCGAUUGUCGGGCGGGUGCGGCCGGGCGAUCUCGGCAUCGACGCCAUGCACAUCAAUCUGCACAAGACCUUCUCGACGCCGCAUGGCGGCGGCGGGCCGGGCGCGGGGCCGGUCGUGUUCUCGGAGGCGCUCGCGGCCUAUGCGCCGGUGCCGCGCAUUGUCGAGGAGGACGGCCUGUUGCGCCUGGAGGAGAUAAAUGGCGCUGCCCUCGGGCGGAUGAAGGCCUUUCACGGCCAGAUGGGCAUGUUUGUGCGCGCGCUCGCCUACCUGAUGAGCCACGGCUCCGACGGGUUGCGCCAGGUCUCCGGCGAUGCCGUUCUAAACGCCAACUAUCUGCUGCGGCGGCUGGAAGGCGCGUUUUCCGCGCCCUUCGCCCAUGCCGGCCCGGCCAUGCACGAGGCGCUGUUCGACGACCGUUUGCUCCGCGACAGCGGCGUUACCACACUCGACAUUGCCAAGGCGAUGAUCGAUGAGGGACUGCAUCCGAUGACCGUCUAUUUCCCGCUGGUGGUGCAUGGCGCGAUGCUGGUCGAGCCGACUGAGACGGAAACCCGGGCAAGCCUCGAUCGCUUCACCGCCAUCAUGCGGGGCUUGGCCAAGCGGGCGAAGGCGGGCGCUGCGCUUAGCGAGGCGCCGCAUCACGCCCCCCGUCGCCGCCUCGACGAGACCCGCGCCGCGCGCCGGCCGGUGCUGCGUUGGCAGCCGCCCGGCGACGCCAAGCGUGAUGUGCCAGGGGUGUGA